GUUUUGGGGCUCGCUUUCAUGCUCUAUCAACCACGUCUUGUUUUCUUGAGAACGUACGACAUCCUCGUCAAGACCGACCAGCAUGACUUCACUAAAGCCCCUUCUGCUACAUGCCCAUCCCACUGCCCCUAAUCCUGUCAAGGUCGCAAUAGCGCUUGAGAUUUUACAGAUUCCCUACAUAGUGAAGAUAUGGGAGUUUAACGAUGGAGACAGGAAAGGUGUUAAAGGGUCAGAUUUUAUCAAAAUAAACCCAAAUGGGCGAGUACCUGCUUUAGAGGAUCCGAACACGAAUGUAACGUCCUGGGAGAGCGGUGCGAUUCUGAAUUACCUGAAGCGUCAGUAUGACAGCAAAAAUCUCCUUGGCGCGGUGGACAGUAGUGAGCAAGCUAAAGCGGACCUUGAAGCCUGGGAAUAUCUCUUGGUGACGACACUUGGCCCUUUCACAGGCCAAGUAGUAUGGUUCAAAUACUACCACCAACCCAAGAACGAUGAUGCUGCGGCACGGUACAUCAAACAAGUCUACCGUGUCUAUGGAGUCGUCGAAGCACAGCUGAAACGAAGUGGGGGGGACACCAUCCUCCCCGGCAAGUUUACUACAGCCGACAUUCAUUAUAUUCCAUGGAUGCGCUCAAGCGCAUAUAUCGGUCUAUCUCUGGCAGAUUAUCCGCUGUUGGAACGCUGGACGAAGACAAUGUUCGACAAGCCAGAAGUGAAACGGGCACUUCAGCGCAUCCACGACGCUACCGCUGAACAGGAACCUGAGGCUGCAGAGCGCGGUUUGAAACCGGACCUGAACUUGAUGCGCCAGACCGGUGCGCAAGAAGUCUAUUGAGUCC